CUCCCUUUGUAGAGGACGAGGAGAUGGCGAUAAAGUGAGUUACUGCAUAUUUGAUUGUUGGGCCUUUACCAUUUUCAGCAGGCAACAGCUUACAGCAGCCAUGUGGAAAAUACCAACGAGGUUUUCACUCACUGGUAGAUUGUGUUGCUUCCCCAAGGAUCCACUGGAGGAUGUUGAGACUUGGAGUGAGUCUGUGGACAAGGUCCUCAGCUGCAAAGCCGGACAGAUCGCUUUCCGGGAGUUCCUGAAGUCUGAGUACAGUGAGGAGAACAUUCUGUUUUGGCUCGCCUGUGAGGAGUACAAGAAAAUCAAGACGGUCCCAGAGAUGAUCUCGUCUGCCAACAGGAUCUACUCAGAGUUUGUCCAAACAGAAGCACCCAAACAGAUCAACAUAGAUUGCAGUACCAGAGAAAACAUAACGAAGAACAUCUCCCAGCCGACCCUGACUUCGUUUGAUACAGCACAGAAGCUCAUCUACAGUCUGAUGGCCAGGGAUUGCUACCCGCGGUUCCUAAAAUCUGACAUCUAUCAGGGACUCCUGAGGAGAACCGAUUCAAGGUGACUCUUUUAAAACUGACAGCCUCUCAGACGGAGGCUCGCGAAAUCGUCUCUCCAGCUCUGAUCUGCUGUAGCACCCUUUCAUUUCAGUGUGGAUAAUGGGCUCACGCCGUACAAUCCAGAUCCUUAAAUGUAGCAGAAAUAGCUUUUCUCAACCUGUGUGACACAGUAGACAGUUACAGCUCAAGUGAAUUUGUGGCUUGUAUUAUACUUUAUCUCUUUAAUUAUGUUCAGGUUAAAAAAAAAAAGUCUUUAAAGAGAUUGUGCACAUAAUUCUUCCAUGAUUAUCUAUUAUCUCCUCCACCCCAUGAGGUUAAUAGUAAUUCCUUUAUUGUAAAGUAUUAUCAACACUUUAUCUAUUCGAGUAUGCAAACAUAAAUCCUAAUAUGCUCUGAGAAAUUCAACCUUCACA